ACCAACGACAGCUAGUCAAAAAUUAAAAAAAAAAAAAAAAAGAACAAAAAUGGCUCUCCGAGGCUUCUUUCUCUUUGGAUUAAUAUACAUUCUAUUAAUGACAAUAACAUCGGCUAGAAAUGUUGAAAUACAACAACACGAUCUCGAAACAGCGGCAUCCGAUCAUCAUCAUGAGAAAGGUGGUGGCGACGAGCAUCACGAGGAUCAUCAUCACGAAAGUCAUGAAAAGGGACACAAGGGUUAUGAGGGUGAUCAUCAUCAUGAGAAGGGCGAGAAAGGUCAUCACGACAAGGAUCAUCAUCAUCAUCACUUUGACGAACAUGGCGGUGACAAGAAGCAUCAUCAUCAUGACGAUGGUUAUCAUCAUCAUCACCAUAAGGGCGAAAAGGGUGAGAAAGGACACAAAUUCCAUGAGAAGGGACAUUAUGGCAAAGGACACAGUACGAAGGGACAUCAUGAAAUUAAGAAACUAGAUGAGUUUAAGAAAAAUAAACAUUUCCACGAUGAACAUCAUGACGGUGGACAUGAAGAGCAUCAUGGCGGUGAUCAUCAUGAGCACAAGCACAAGAAGGGACAUCAUCAUAAGAAGGGUCAUCAUCACAAGGGACAUCAUGAGAAGCAUCAUGGAGAGAAGGGUCAUCAUCAUAAGGGAAAGCAUCAUCAUGAUCAUAAGGGACAUAAGGAUGAGAAAGGUCAUCAUGAUCAUCAUCAUCAUCAUCAUAGUCAUGGCAAAAAGGGCGGACAUGACGAACACAAAAAGUGGCAUUUUAAGAAGGGACACUAAAUACUCGCUCUGCUACUUACAGUAAUUUUAACAUACCCUCAUCGUAUUUUGUUAAAAUUCUCAUAUCCCCAACAAAUUCUCCCAUAUAUCAUAUAAAAUCGACUGUUAAUCUGUUAUUCAAUAUACAAAACACACACACGUUGUUAUAUAUUAAACUGUUGUAAAAUAUUGACUGUUAUAUGACGUAUAGUUUAAUAAAAUUUUUAAAAAACGUUUUUAAUAUUUAA